AUGCUUCUUUCACCACAGCGGAAACUAUUCCUGAGCUCACACUCAAAUUGCAGCAAAGUUAUUUUCAUGGCCGCCAAGGAUUUUCUGCUGCUCAAGUCCUCUCCCGCUCCGCACGCGCGCGUGCUCUCCCUCCAUUCUUGUUCGCAGACGCGCUGCUUUCGCUCCAAUAGCAGGAAAAAUCUCUCCUUUUUCGCUAAUUCGAGACCCUUUACUGCAAUUUAUCAGAGGGCCGCCGCUGGAUAUGGUUAUACCUCAUGUGCAGCCAAGCCCAUUCCCCGACCGAUACCUGGUGUUGGUGUGGAGACUCUUGAGUAUCAACCUGUAGAUGAAGGACAGCUUAUCAUAUUGAGGCGAAAAUUGCGUGAAAUCGGGAUUGAACCCGAACCUUGUUUGCCAGGGCAGUACCAUGGCUUAUUUUGUCCAAGUUGUAAAGGUGGGGAGUUGGAGGAGAAGAGCUUAUCCCUUCUUAUUGAACCAGACGGGGGGGCAGCAGUUUGGACUUGCUUUCGAGCUAAAUGUGGGUGGACAGGCGCUACCCGAGUAAAUGUAAAAUCGACUUACGCAACUAUGAAUGCUAAUAUGAGAGUGAAGCAGCCUAGAAUAAUCACAGAGGAGAGUUUGGGACUAGAACCUUUGAGUAAUGAUGUACUUGCAUUUUUUGCUCGGCGGAUGAUAUCUGGAGAAACGUUACGAAGAAAUAGUGUCAUGCAGAAAAGAAGUGGAGAUCAGAUUGUUAUUGCUUUCACUUACCGGAGGAAUAGAGAGCUUGUAAGCUGCAAGUAUCGUGAUAUUAACAAAAAAUUUUGGCAGGAAGCCAAUACUGAAAAAAUCUUUUAUGGGCUGGAUGAUAUAAAACAAGCAAGUGAUGUCAUCAUUGUUGAAGGUGAAAUGGACAAACUUGCGAUGGAAGAAGCUGGCUUCAGAAACUGUGUGAGUGUCCCAGAUGGUGCUCCUCCAAAAGUCUCGGACAAGGCUUUGCCCUGCCAAGAAGAUGACGUCAAGUACCAAUACCUAUGGAACUGCAAAGAGUAUACGGAAAAGGCAUCUCGCAUUAUUCUUGCCACGGAUAAUGAUGCCCCUGGUCAAGCCUUAGCUGAAGAACUUGCACGGCGUUUGGGGAGAGAAAGGUGUUGGAGGGUGAAAUGGCCUAAAAAGAAUGAAACAGAAACAUUCAAAGAUGCAAAUGAGGUGCUUAUGUUUAUGGGCCCUGAUGCACUGAGGGAUGUGAUUGAAGCUGCUGAGCUUUACCCAAUUAGAGGUCUGUUCAAUUUCAAAGAUUACAUUGGUGAGAUUGAUGACUACUAUCAUCAGUCACUUGGUUACGAGCUUGGUGUCUCGACUGGAUGGAGGGCUCUCAACGACUUGUAUAAUGUUGUGCCUGGAGAAUUGACAAUCGUAACGGGAGUUCCAAAUUCAGGCAAGAGUGAAUGGAUUGAUGCUCUGUUAUGCAAUCUAAACCAUAGCGUUGGUUGGAAAUUUGCACUUUGCUCUAUGGAAAACAGGGUACGAGAACAUGCAAGGAAACUUUUGGAGAAACAUGUAAGGAAGCCUUUCUUUGAUGUUAGAUACGGGGAGCAUAUUGAGAGGAUGAGUGUUGAGGAGUUGGAGAAAGGAAAGAAGUGGCUCAGUGAUUCAUUUGCUCUGAUAAGAUGUGAGAAUGAUUGCCUUCCGAAUAUCGAGUGGGUUCUUGAUCUCGCAAGAAUGGCAGUCAUUCGACAUGGGGUUAAUGGACUUGUGAUUGAUCCGUAUAAUGAACUUGACCAUCAACGUUCCUUUAACCAGACUGAAACAGAAUACGUGAGUCAGAUGCUGACGAAAAUCAAACGGUUUGCUCAACAUCACUCGUGUCACGUUUGGUUCGUCGCACAUCCAAGACAGUUGCAUAAUUGGAUUGGAGGCCCACCGAAUAUGUACGACAUUAGUGGGAGUGCACAUUUCAUUAACAAAUGUGACAAUGGGAUUGUUAUUCACCGUAACAGGGAUCCCGAUUCGGGUCCACUUGACAUAGUUCAGGUUUGUGUGAGGAAAGUGCGCAAUAAAGUCAUAGGAACCAUUGGAGAUGCUUAUCUUACGUAUAACAGGGUCACUGGUGAGUACAUGGACAUUGAUAUGUCAUCCCAAAAAGAGAAGCGCAAAAAAUAG